UUGAUUACAUCGCCUGUGAUUCUACCGUUUAGUAAAAAUAACAAUAAAACUGUGUGUGAAUACAUGUUACAAUAGUUUCAUAUCACGAUGGCGACCCCUGCGGACGUGCGAGCCGUUUUCGAGGCAAAGUUAAAAGAAGGAAUCCCUAACCCUCCAGGAGAAUUUCACCCUUUGGACUUGGAAAGGGUGAAGGAUGAUAAAUACUUAACACGGCUGUUAUUACACCAAGAAAAUGACGCGAAGAUGGCUGCCGAUAUGUUAUGGGACAUUCUUGUAUGGCGGAAAACGAAUAAUGUGAAUGAUAUCAAUGAAAACACAAUACGAAUGGACUAUGUAAAAGAAGGUGCGUUUUUCCCUCACGGACGCGAUGUGGACGGGAAUUUACUGCUUAUAAUCAAGUCUAAACAGCAUGUGAAAGGUCAAAAAAACUUCGAAGAGCUUAAGAAAGUGAUUAUAUAUUGGUUUGACCGCAUAGAAAGAGAGGAACAGGGUAAACCUAUUACUUUAUUCUUCGAUAUGGACGGCUGCGGCCUUGGAAACAUGGACAUGGACCUUAUAAAGUAUUUAAUUAGUCUGAUGAAGCUGUACUACCCAUAUUUUCUGCAUUAUAUCAUCAUUUAUCAAAUGCCUUGGGUCUUGUCCGCUGCGUUCAAGGUUGUCAAGACCCUGUUGCCAGCCAAAGCUGUUGAGCGUAUGAGGUUUUCAACUAAAGACAAUUUGAAGGAUGUUGUGGCCCCUGAACAGGCGUUGACAUGUUGGGGCGGUAACGACCCAUAUGUGUUUGAAUUUGUUCCGGAAAAUAGAGGUAAUAAUGAUGCGCAUACACCGAAAAAGGUAACGUUUGCAGAGCAAGGAGACAACCAGCAUUCUCCCGGAGAAAUGCUACGACUCAAUCCCAACGAUACAAUCGUUUUCAAGAAUGAAAAUGAUGAGAUAUCAGGACAGUUCACUAUAACCAAUAUGGAUGAGAGUGCCAUAUCUUUUAAAAUAAGAACUACUUCACCAGAGAAGUUUCGAGUGCGACCCAGCUCCGGUACUUUAGCUACCGGUUCCUCACAAACCGUUCAAAUAGUGGUGCAGCCAGGAUUCCAAUUCCGUACUGUCACUAAAGACAGAUUCCUCGUCAUGUCCGUGCAAAUCCCGAAACUGGAUGUAACACCGAAGGAGCUUACCGACAUCUGGCAGAAGUCGUCUGGCAGUAAAGUUGAUGAAUACAGGCUGAAAUGCCACUUCCCGGAGAAGGAUAUGCCGAAGAACGGAAGCAUGGUAGAUGGUAGGAAUCAGGAUAAGCCCGAUUCAGUUACAAACGCUUUAAAUAACUUGCAGGUUAACUAUGAAAUGCUGCACAAACAGGUUAAAAUGCUUAAAAUAUAUCAAUUGUUUACGUUGAUUCUAACAGCAUGCGCUGUUUUACUCGGUUACCUUGUCUAUAAGAGUUCUAACGAUGAUAAAUACUGUGAACGCAUGUAGCCCAUAGAUAUAGUGGUAUUAGAUACCACUGUGGACGUCAAUGUCUUGUUAAAUGGUUUCCUAAUGUUUAUAUUGAUAACUAAUACGGUUAUCUUUGUUAUAUAUUGCCAGUUAGUACGUAAGGUGGAGCGGUUACAUGCUACUUAGGUUUACUGAUAGUGUUUCCAAAAUUACGAAAUUUUUCACAUGGAAAAAUAUUGAAACUUUUUUGUAGAGGAGUAUUUUUCAAAUAAAAAAAAUUGUAAAGCUUCGUCUCCAUUGCGCGUGGCUGCCGCGCGAGCCAAUGUUCGAUGGUUUGCCGCGCGAUAUGGAGACAGGGCUUAAGAUACUGUAUUUCCUAUGAAACAUUCUAUCAGUUUGCAGGAACAUCAAACUUAAUGGGGUUGGCAACUGUCAAAGGUUUGCAUAGAUGACGCCAUCAUAGCUGGCCUCUUUAUGAGUUUUGGCUUAAGGAGGGGGGAAUCCAGGGCAUAAAAUUCCAUUUAAAAAAAACUAGGGUUUUACAGGGCAAGCUAUGCUGGCGCCAUCUACUAAAUACUUCGGCCCCAUUCAGGUACUAUUCUUUUCAUCACAAAAGUUCCAAACUCUGAAAAAAAAAGAAAUGUUUUUUUCAUAAUUUGAAAUAUCAAGGUCACAGAAAUAUCUACUCAGAGUGAUGAAUGCCUAAUUUUAAUAUUUAAUAGACGAAUUAAUAGUGUGAUCACAAUCCUAAAUUACUAUUAUUUACAUUAACAUUAUUUUAGUUAUUCAUCAUGUAUACCUAGAACUAAAAAUAAUGGUUCACUAAAGUUUAAUUGAAGAUGCAUUAAAUGUGACGUUGCCCGGAUAAAGGUACCCUAUGGCGAUCGGCGCUUACCUCGCGUAGCCCCGCAAGUAUUGGAGCGUCAUUAAAGUGAAUCCAGACGGGGUGAUCAAAUCGACCGAUUUGAUCAGAAAUGAAAUUGUCGUCAACUUCCAAUUUAAUCACCAAUUUUAGAUUUAUGGUGAUAUUAGAGCCCUCUAAAUUGUAAAAAGGUCCCAAGACGAAAAUACUGGCGUCAUAAAUUGGUAUCCUUGCGUCCGCACCCCAUUUCAUCGGUAAUAAUUAUCGGUCAUAAUCGGUAAGCCAAAUUGGCGUUUGCGUCUGCACGGCCCGUUUUGAUUGGACAAUGUAAUCAGAGGCGCUACCGCGAAAACCGAAAUUCGCAAAUUGCGGGGAUCUUUCUCUUUUACUCCAAUGAAGGCGUAAUUAGAGUGACAGAGAAAGAUGCCCGCAAUUUGCGAACUUCGAUUUUCGCGGCUAUAGUCCAGAUUGGCGAAAAAUUGUCCCCGUCUGGGCACGCCUUAAAAAUGGCGUGAGCGUCAACACCAAUAAACCUUUACCCGUUGAAUGUCACACAUCAUUUUCAAGGAUCUUCAUUGGCGUGUUCUACUCGUAUUAAUUAAAGUGCCAUUCGUUUAAUCGUUAAUUGCCGACUUCAUUUGUAACUGGGCCAUUUUGUUUAGCCUUACACAGUGGCCAUCAGAUAUAUCGGAGCGGCCAAGGCGGUCACAAAUAUCUGGACACACCUCUAUUACCAAGGAAUCUCCCAUCUUAAAGGACAGCAAAGCAACGCGCUUGCAACCCUUCUGGUGUUGCGGGUGUCCAUGGGCGGCGGUAAUCGCUUACCAUCGGGUGAUCCGUCUGCUCGUUUGCCUCCUAAAUCAUAAAAAAAAGCACCUCGGCCGCUCCGAUUUAUCUGUUUCUAGCUGUAGGUCAUUAAGACCUACAAUUAUAUAUUAUGUCAUUUUUAUGUUGUUGAUUUUCAAUGUUCAUUAUCAUAAAUAUUAUUAAAAAAUUUGAACUAAUUACAGAAUGCUUUCAUAAAGUAUUAUUGGAAAGUUUUAUAUAAUGAAAUUGUUAUGUAUUUUUUCAGUCUGUUUAUUACCUGUCUUCAAUUCUAAUGUAAUUAAACAUCACAUUCCAAAUUAUCAAUUAUAUAUUAAUACAAAUUUAGAUCGAUUUUAAGUUGUAAUAAAUAAAAUAUGAGUCGCUUAACUUCAAACUCGGGUAAAUCCAUCUGUCAGAUUAUGCGAUUUUGGUAUUAAGAAAACGUAAUAGGGUAGAUAUUUGUUGAGGGAUCUAUAUCUGAAUCCCUAAAGUCUUUUCACCUAUCUUUGCAUUCCCUAAUAUUGUUUGUCAUAAUGAUCAGUUGUCCUAACACUAAAAACCCUAAUUUAAGUUUCCCGAAAUAUUGAUUACUUAUCCUAAUGUUAUUAAGCAUAUUUCCUUUUUUGUGAGGGUCGCAGUUCCAACCCUAACCUAAGCCACUUUUGUGGCAGCAAGUUCUAAAACCUAACCAUUUUUCAGAACCUUACAUUAUGGAAGAUAAUCGUUAUGACAAUUGAUCGUUAGGGCAAACCAUUAGGGCAAGUGACUUUAGGACAAACGUUGUUAGGGAUUCAGAAUUGACACCCUUUGCUGAUGCCGGAACCACACUUCGCUAUGCGUUAUUUGUUAUGCGCGUUAUUCGGCCGCAUACGACGAAGUGUGGAGGGUUCAUUCGUCUAUAUUUGCUAUAUUUGCCCGCAUUACGCAUAAGCGCGAAUAGCAAAUACGCCUAUCCGUCCACCUGUCGGUUUUUUGACACACUUCAAAGGACACGAAUAAUAAGUUUGGCACACCGGCACGAAGUGUGGAUGCCGUGUUUGUUGUUCGCUCACAUAACAAAUAUUUGAGCGAAUACAGCGUAGUCGCAUAACAAAUAACGCAUAGCGAAGUGUGGUUCCGGCAUGAGAGGGUCCGAGUUUGAAGUUAAGCGACACAUAUGUAAGACAGAAGUACUAGUGUUCGACGCUGCACUAGUAUUCGACAUCGGCACUAUGUCAAAGUAAUAUAGGUUAAAUUUGAACGGCGAAGAUUUUUCUUUAUGCAAAUUUAAUCCUUGUCACUUUGACAUAAAGUGCCCAUGUCGAAUACUAGUCCAGCGUCGAGCACUAGUACUUCUACCUUUUCUAAGGGGUAGGGUAGGAAAUGGCUUAUUAGCUUAGCUUAGGACCUUUUGCUUGAAAAGCACAAAUAUUAACGUUUUUAGGCAAAGAGUACCCUUUGUCAAAAAAUGCCACAAAUAUUAUAUGUGAUGUUCCACGUAAAAAAGUACCUUAUGGCGGCUGGCGCUUACGUCGCAUAUCGCCUCAAUAAUAUUGGAGCGGCGUUAAUGAUAGCGUCAGCGCCAACCGCCAUAAGGUACCUUUACCCGUGGGACGUCACAAAUUAUUUUAAUAAUGUUAAAAAUUCUAAUAAUAGUAGCAAAGUGGGAGCUAUAAGAGAUUCUAUAAAAUAAAUUAUGUCAAAAACGCAUAGGUUUUUAAAUUAUAUUUGUGCAGUACUUAGGUAAAAUGUACUACUUUGUCUGUUGACAUUGACAAUAAGGUGCUAAAUAUUGGUCUUGGCUAUAAGGAUGAAACAUUUGUUAAAGUUAGACCAAGAAAACUCUGCAACGCUUUUGAUAGCCCACGCAGUGCAAGUGUUAUUUAUACGUCAUAACACAUGCACUGCGUGGGCUAUCAAAAUCGCUGCAGACUUGUCUUGGUUUAACUCUGUCUCCCUUAGCCGAAGCUUCGGCCGAAACAUGAUUUUAGUACCGAAUCCGAAACUUCGAUUGAACACUGCCGAAAUACAGUUUCGGCGCGGCCUAAAGGCUGCAGUUUUUUUUUUUAUUAUGAAUGGGCUUACUUUUUGGCCGAAACAUGAUUUUUAUGCCGAAACAAACCGAAACUUAGAAAUCUUAUGCGUGGUAAAACAAUACGUGCAUACUUGUGUACCAAAACAGACAAAGUGGUACCUUUUACUACAAACAUCGCAUAAAGUGACGUUCCACGGUUAAAGGUACCUUAUGGCGGUCGGCGCUUACGUCACUUAGCACCGCAUUGGAGCGUUAACCCUUUGACAUAAUUAUUGAAAGUCGUAAUGUAAUGAUUGUCAGAUUAUCAUUAUAAAGUCAUAAUUCUGAAAUCGUUAACUUUUCAGGAUUUUCGUAUAAAGGUUAUCCUAUAGAUAGGUUAGGUUAGUUUUGUUUUAUGGCAAUCCUGAAAAGUUACGCGUUUCUGAGAAAAACCAAAUUAUGACUUAACGAAAAUGCGGACAAACAAUUGAUUGAUUGAUUGACAAACAAUACACUAAAUAUGACUUAAAGAUGGGAAACAAUAGAGACCCGUGUUAACAAUAGCCUAAGCGCCAUAAGGUACCUUUACCCGUGUAACGUCACAUAUAGAUUUUUUCGCACUUUACAUAGCAUUUGAUACACAAUUUUUAAUUGUAAGUUUGUAUUGAUAAGGUUUCCACUAAUUCCAAUGUCGAAUUAUUAGCCAAUAGAUUGAAACAUAAAGUAUAUAUGUUAUCUCUUGUAACACUCCGCUCAAUAUUACAAAGGUUCUAUGUGACAUUUUCAAGAUAUUUGAAAUUCGACUUAAUCGUCACUGUGAUAAUGUUCAAAUUACAGUAGGAUAAAAGUGAAACAUAGAACCCUGUAAUAUUGGGCCAGCGACUGCAAAAGUGAUUAUGUAUCUUAUCUAACAUUGUAAUCUGCUAAUAGUUUUCAUGAAAAUGUUGUGAAAGUAGAGUUACUGUUGUCAUCAGAUAUAUCGGAGCGGCCAAGGUGUUCACAAUAUUCUGAACACGCACUCUGUACCGGUCGAUGAGAGUUGUGGGAGUAUUAACCUUUUGAACGCCACAGACGGCAAUUGACGUCAACGCAAAAUCGUGACAACGACGCCAAACGCCAAAGACGGCAUUUGACGUCGAUCGAUUUUUGAUGAAAAUAAAGGAAAACACCCCACUUUUAGGUUGGGUGGGUUUAUUAUUUAGGCGUCAGUGAUACGGCAAAUGGAUGCGCCGUUUGGCGUUAUAGACCGUAAAAAGUCUGCAGCUAUUUUGUUAGCCCACGCAGUGCAAGUGUCAUUUUAAACGUCAAACUUCUAUGAAAUUAUGACGUAUACAUAACACACUGCGUGGGCUAUCAUAUCCGCUGCAGACUUUGUUUGGUGCGACUCAAAAAUGUUUAAAAAUGCAGCGAUCAUGCAGGUAGGUAGUGCAAGACUAUUUAUUGAAGUAAACAAUUUUAUUAGAUCAUUUUAGGACACGUAACGCCAUCUGUUUGGGGUAAUGAUUAGUACAUAAGAUAGAAUAAGAUAAUACAUAUAGUAUAUGACGUAAUCAUCAAAUCGUAUAUUAAUUAACUUGAACACUAACGCCUUGACAAUAGAGGCGUGUUCAAAUAUUUAUGAGCGCCUUAGCCGCUCCGAUCUAUCUGAUGGCGACUGUACUAUAUAUUUAAAAAAAUAUCAACAUUUACCGUUCAAACAUUUCGAAGAGAGAAUUGUUCUACAGUGUACAGUCGAGUUGGACACAGUGGCUCAGUCGCCCAAAUGUCGCCUCUCCUGUUGAAAUUAGGUUGAGUGAGCCAUUAGGGGUCAUCCAUUAAUUACGUCACACGAAUUUCUAGGUUUUUUGACCCCUCCCCCCCUCCUUGUCACACUUAGUCACAUUUGGCAAACCCCUCCCCCCCUAGUGUGACGUCACAUUUUUUCUACGAAAUCGCCAAAUCAAAUUAAGUAAGUACCUAAGUAUUAUUUAUAUUUUAUCAAAAUAUUUUUAACGACAUAAAUAUUAGUAAUUUUAUAACCCAAAACUGCUUAGGAAAGAAAAUUAAACGAAUAAAAACGAUUAUCGUUCUAAAAACUUGUUAUUUAAAUGUACAGCGAAUAAAAUAAUUUAAAUAAAUUUUCGGUUACUGAUGAAGUUAAAGUGACGUCACAAAGUUUGUGUCUCCCCCCUCCCCCAUGUCACAAUAUGUCACAUUUUCUUGACCCCCUCCCUCCCCCUAAACGUGUGAUGUAAUUAAUGGAUGACCCCUUAUACCCGGCCUUUUUCUACCGAGCCACUGUGCCCUCCUUGACCCUACAUACACAUAGUAAAAUAUUCCUAUAUGCAUUUAGUUUAUUUAGUAUAGUUAUGGUUAGGGAAUAUUAUGGUAUUUAUGGUGCAUUCGGGUAACUUCAAAGCACUCGAAUGUCAGGCAAUUAGACAAGCCAAGGGCGUCCGCUAGAUGGCGCGAUUACAUAGAGCGGGUUAACGAAAAAUAGUAUGAGCAUUGCUAACUGGGGCGGACGCGUGCGUAUAUGCAAAAUUGAAGUUUGAUAGCGAUUCAGGGUCGAAUCAUGCAUGUCUCUUUCUAAUGGCAUUAUCCCUUUCAGCUAUUUAGGACUGUCAAAAUUCAAGUGAUUAUCUUAUCUGUGGUGAUGUGGUCGUAUACGCAAAGAGGCGACAAGUUGUGCCAACCCUAAUAAUUGCUGCGGAGCCGAGAAUGGCCGAUCGUAGGAGUGUCCCCUCACUGGCACAGAAUAAAUAAUAGUACUAGGUACAGAAGACUCACUCUCUAAUAAACCGUGUCUGUUACGAUCAGGAAAGAUAUAGCGUGGUAUAGGUGGCGACAGCGCCACGUGCGGCUAAUGGCUAGCCACUAAAAUUGGUGUGGUACGGAUGUACUUUUAGCUACCUGUAGCAAAGCGACGAAAUCGCGGAGUGAGCCACGCCUGUCUCUGGUAACACCCGCGCCAGCUAGCGCACGCCCUAACACAGAUGGCGCUGCAAUCGUCAAUGCCAAAUCUAUAAAAACGAGCACAUUAGGUAUUGAAGUGAUUUUGAAAUGAUCUGUAUGCACCUAAGUAGAUGGAUGGUAGUUUUGGGUUAUGCAAUUAUGUUAUUUAUAUGCUUAUUUUUAAGGGUUAUGCAGAAUUUAAUAUAUUCAUAUCACAUAUGAA